CAACACUCUCCUCUAGAACCAUCCAUCCACCGCAACCACCCUCACAACCACCACCACCACCAGCACAACAACAACAAGAACACCAACACCAACAUCCACAUCACCGACGCGGCCGCUUGUCAACGACCUCGUCAUCUCUGCCUUGAUUCCCCUGACAACUAACCCCCGACGAACCACCACACCCUGUCGACUGCGCAUUGCUGGUUGGCGCGUCACUGCCAUCAUCGCCAUGGCUCCCACGGCGGGCAUCCCGCCCGCAAACCUGCCCAUCCUGCCGCUCGCCAAGGGCACCGUCCUCUACCCAGGCUCAGUCCUGCGCGUCCCCGUCCCGCCGAGCCGAUCCGAUGUCCCUGCGCUCCUCUCCACCGUCUACACACGCGCCUCCAAGGGCCAGCUCCGCGUCGACCAGGUCGCCAUCGUCUGCGUGCCCCUUAGCUCGCCCCUCCUGAGCCGCCGCGGCCAGAAGCUCCUCGAGGAGAACCCCGACAAGUACAACGAGCUGCUCGAGGCCAACAGCAAGAAUGUUAAGAAGGAGCGCCUCUACGGCUAUGGCGUGCAGGCAAAGAUCAACGCCAUCCAGGGCCAGAGCGACGCCGAGUUCAGCCUCGUCGUCCAGGGCAUCGCGCGCGUCCUGAUAGAGAAGGUCACGCAGGACCAGCCGUUCUUCGAGGCCAAGAUUGUGCCCCACGUCGACCAGAUCGGCGCAGACGAGCUCUCGAGCGCGAGCUUCCGCGAGCUCUUUACCAGGCUCAAGUCGUCCUCGCGUGACCUCGUCUCGUACCUCCGGGUGUCUGCCUUUCUCGUCGCCAGUGGCAGCCAAGGCCUCAACCCCUUGCUGUCCAGGCGGCUCGAGCAGUACAUCGCCUCCAAGCACCUCAACGAGGCCGGGGCCCUGGCCGACUUCAUGAUGAACGUCGUCGAGGCAACCUACGAGGAGAAGCUCGAGGUCCUCGCGGCCAUCGAUGUGUCCGUGCGGAUGCAAAAGGUCAUCGAGCUCAUCGAGAAGCAAGUCAGCGAGAUCAAGGGCAACAUCAAGAUCACCACCGUCACCAGCACUUCGAUCCCCAUCCACAUCGAUCCCGAGGAUGCCGACAAAAUGCCCAAGAGGAAGUCUCGCCGGGGAGCUCUGCCGAUCGGAGGUCAGGGUUUCAACGUUGGCAGCCUCUUUGGUGCUGGCGGCAGCGGCAAUGACAAAGCAGACUCGCAAGAGCCUGAUGAGCUGCAGGAGCUGGAGAAACGUCUCGAGGCUGCCAAGCUUACCCCGGAAGCCGACAAGGUUGCACAGCGCGAGCUGAAGCGGCUCAAGCAGAUGAUGCCGGCCCAGGCGGAGUACCAGGUUGUCCGGACCUACCUCGAGACUCUUGCCGAGAUCCCGUGGUCCGCCAUCACGGACGACCCAAUCGACGCUGGGUCCCUGGAGCGGGCGCGCAAGCAGCUCGAUGACGACCACUACGGCAUCGAGAAGGUCAAGAAGAGGCUGCUGUCAUACCUCACGAUCGUGAGGCUGAUGCAGACCGCCAACAAGGCCAUCGAUGCGCAGGUCAAGGAAGCCGAGCAGGAGAACAGUGCUCUGGAAAGUACCAAGAAGGACGCUGCGCCGAAGGAUGCCCCCGCCGAUGGCGACCUCGAAGAGAAGAUCCGUGCCAGCGGACUCAAAGUGCAGAUGCUUCGUGGCAAGCUGCGUGCGGAGCGCGCACCCAUCUUGCUCCUGAUCGGCCCGCCCGGAGUGGGCAAGACGAGUAUUGCCAGAUCCAUAGCGACGGCUCUUGGCCGCAAAUUCCACAGGAUCUCGCUUGGCGGUGUCCGAGAUGAGGCCGAGAUCCGGGGCCACCGGAGGACUUAUGUGGCUGCCAUGCCUGGUCUGAUCGUGCAGGGCCUGCGAAAGGUUGGUGUCGCCAACCCGGUCUUCUUGCUUGACGAGAUUGACAAGCUCGGCAUGGCGAACCACAACGGCGACCCUUCAGCAGCCAUGCUUGAGGUUCUGGACCCUGAGCAGAACCACAACUUCAGCGACCACUAUGUCGGCACCCCGAUUGACCUUAGCAAGGUUCUCUUCAUCGCUACCGCCAAUAGCUUGGACACCAUCCCCGGACCGCUGCUGGACCGCAUGGAGACGCUCGAGUUCUCUGGCUACACAACACUCGAGAAGCGGCACAUUGCAAUGCGGCAUCUCGUGCCCAAGCAGAUUCGCGUGAAUGGACUAGGCGAGGACCAAGUCCGGUUCAAUGAUGAAGUUGUUUCCAAGAUCAUCGAGUCCUACACUCGCGAGGCUGGCGUGCGCAACCUGGAGCGCGAGAUUGGCUCGGUAUGUCGCGCAAAGGCUGUGGAGUUUGUCGAGGCCGGUGACAGUGGUCGACCCGAUUCUUUCAGGCCAGAUGUCACAGUCGAGGAUCUCGAGGCGAUCCUUGGUAUCGAGAGAUUUGAGGACGAGAUUGCCGAGACAAACAGCCAGCCCGGUAUCGUCACUGGCCUGGUCGCCUACAGCACCGGCGGCAACGGCGGCAUCCUCUUCAUCGAGGUUCUCGACAUGCCCGGUGACGGUAGCGUGGAGCUGACGGGCAACCUCGGCGAGGUGCUCAAGGAGAGCGUCAAGGUCGCCCGCAGCUGGGUGCGCAACCACGCGUACGAGCUCGGCCUGACGCAGAACCCGACAGAGAACAUCAUGAAGAACCGCAGCCUGCACGUGCACUGCCCUUCGGGUGCUGUGCCCAAGGACGGCCCGUCGAGCGGCAUGGCCCAGGCGAUUGCGCUCAUCUCGCUCCUCUCCCACCGCCCCGUCCCCGCGACCAUGGCCAUGACGGGCGAGUUCCAGCUCUCUGGCCACGUCAAGCGCGUGGGCGGCAUCAAGGAGAAGGUCAUUGGCGCGUACCGCGCGGGCGUCAAGACCGUCAUGCUACCCGCUCAGAACGAGAAGGACGCCCGCGAAGUGCCCCAGGAGGUCCGGGACGGGCUCAAGAUUAUUUAUGUCAGCCACAUCUGGGAGGCCAUCCGCCACGUAUGGCCAGAGGUAACCUGGCCUGCGCCGGGCGAGAAUGGAGACGGUCGCCCGGCGCAGCCUCGUCUGUAAAAGCUGGGUUGGUCCGGACAUAGGAAGGGAUUUUCCAGGGCGAGUGAGGUUUCCCUCUCUUAGAAGACAAACAAAAGAAAGCGUAGGAGAGGGACUUCGUGUGUACAUUCUUUGGCAUGACGGGUGUUUUUUUUGUUUUUUUGAGUUUUGAGUUUUGAUAGCGUUCUCGAAUUUCAACGUGUGAUUGCAA